AUGGCAGCUAAACUGCUGAGAUUCCUGGCUAUAUCUCCUCAUAAAAUAGGCCAACGGUUCAAUAAAUAUGGAUAUCUAGCAUCAAGCAACAGUUUGUAUGGGAUGUUAAGCAAUUCUCUAUCUGCAAAAAGAUUAUUCAAUCUAUGCAUUCCAGAAACGGUGGCUUCUCACUUAACUAAUACUUGUGGGCAAGCGAAAACCUGGCAGAGAUGUCUACAGGCUGAUGUUACUACUGCAGCAAAAACUAUGAAUCAUUUUAUUAUGGACAGCUGUCCUUCAACUUGGGAACAGUUUCAUACUGCAAACGCUUCAAUGUAUGAGCACAAACCAAAGUGUACAAGAGAAUUUAGUGAGAUACCAGUGCGACAUUAUUCAGUUUUAUCAACAGGUAAAAUCAUACCAAAUCAAGCUAUUGUGUCAACCAAAAGGCCACUAAAGGCAUCUAGGACCAAGCAGCCAUCCAGAGCUAAUCUGCCACAACUGUCUGAAACAGAGGAUCUUAUGCAGUGCACAGCCUUUGCAACAGCAGACGAAUAUCAUCUUGGUAACCUAAGCCAUGACCUGACAUCACAGGGAUAUGUUGAAAUAACAACAUUACCUAGAGAUGCAGCAAAUGUUUUGGUGAUUGGCACAGAAAACUCAAUGAAAGAGUAUGAUCCUGGGAUGAUCUUUUUUUUCAGGGAAGGGUCUGUCGUCUUCUGGAACAUUGAAGAGAAAACAAUGAAGAAUAUAAUGCAAGUACUGGAAAGGCAUGAAAUUCAGCCAUAUGAAGUUGCUUUGAUUCAUUGGGAGAAUGAAGAGAUUAACUACAGAAGAGGAGAAGGGCCAUCAAAGCUUCAUAGAGGAGAAAUCCUGAUUAAUUCAGAACUAGAUAUUGAUGAAGUUACUCUAGAGAAGUUUGCUUUUUCAAAUGCUCUUUGCCUUUCUGUAAAACUGGCCAUUUGGGAAGCAUCCUUGGAUAACUUUGUAGAAUCUAUCCAGUCAAUACCGGAGAUACUAAAAUCAAGAAGGAAAGUGAAACUCUCUCAUGCUGAUGUGAUGCAGAAAAUAGGGGAAUUGUUUGCCUUAAGGCACCAUAUAAAUCUGAGUUCAGAUCUGCUUAUCACUCCAGAUUUCUAUUGGGAUAGAGAACACCUUGAACAGCUUUAUGAUAAAACAUGUCAAUUUCUCAGUAUCAAUCGCAGAGUAAAGGUGGUGAAUGAAAAGCUUCAACACUGCACAGAGCUGACAGACUUGAUGCGAAGUCACUUGAGUGAAAAACAUGCCUUGCGCUUGGAGUGGAUGAUCGUGAUACUCAUAACCAUAGAGGUCAUGUUUGAGCUUGGCAGAGUUCUUUUCUAAUAACUGUAAUAAAGAGCAACUGAGAACUGUGCUUGUCAA